AUGAGGGAGAGUGGGAGGUUGGCAGCGGAGCUGGGGCACGGGGAGGGGAGCGAUGAGGCAGGAAGGCAAGCACAUGGAAGAGUCGUUGAUACAGUGGAUUCCGUGAGGGAGGGAGGGAGGGUGGGAAGUGAUGUGCGUGAGGGCGACCUGAGAGAGGAAGCUCAGAUGCUCGAAGAGAGGCAUGGUGGGGCGGGAGGGAGUGAGGAGAUGGGGAUGAGGGGACAGGCGAUGGGAGUGGAGGGCGUCGAGGUGAAGAGACCGAGGGAGGUAGCAACGAGGGAUGCGUUGUUCCUGGGAGCAGUAGGCGUGAGAGGGAAACGUCGAAUGAGAGUUAAGAGGAGGGCAAGGAGGUUUGUAUUGGAUUCGGAAGAGCAGGAAGACGAGUGGCAGGAGGAUGAGGAAGAAGAAGAGGAAGAGGAAAGGGAUGAAGAGGAGGAGGAGGAGCGGGAGGCGGGUAUGGAGGAGGUGGUGGUGAGUCUGACAGGGUACGAAAGACUCGCGCGGUCGUCUGUGAAGCUCAUGAUUCAAGCCACAGGGGCACGGCUCACACGUGACUUCUCCCCAAAUAACAACACACACCUGGUGUGCAAUCGGUUUGAAGGGCCCAAGUACGACCUGGCUGUUCGCAGCAACGCAACUCUCCAUGCCUUGCGCUGCCAUGCUGACGGCAACCAUUGCGUCUGUGACUAUAACGAGGGCGUGGCAUGGAGGCACAGGGGGGACAGCGAGGGCGCAGUGUGGGUGGUUAACCACCGGUGGCUCGAGGACUGUCUGCUGUACGCACGACGUGUUCCUGAAGCUCCUUACAGCCUCCACCCGGGCGAUGCAGUGGGCCCUCCGUGUCUCUUCCCGCCACCACCACGUGCUCCUCUGAUCACCACACCCACCUUACCACCUGCACCAUCACAUGACACCUUACCACCUGCACCAUCACCUGACACCCUACCACCUGCACCAUCACAUGACACCCUACCACCUGCACCAUCACAUGACACGCUGCUGCGUGCCCUCCCGUCCGUUGCGCCACCACUGCCACCUGCCCCUUCCCAGCCUGCCCAUACACCUCCCAAUGUCACCCUACCAAUCACCAUCGCUCCACCAUCACCACACCACCCAUCAACCCUCCCAGGGCCCCCACCCCCGCCUCCUCUUCCCCCAGACGAACCGGCUGUUUUUCCCCUGGUGGCACCGCCGGCUCUUUUCUCAGUGGGCGACUGCAAGGCAGGCACAGCAGAGGAAGGGGUGCGGACUGAAGCAGCGAUUAAGCAGGAAGAAGAGAAACCGCUUGUCAUGCCACAGGCAGAAGCCAGGGUUCUCAUGUCAAGAGAAAAUGUUAUGGAAGAUGUUGGGAGAGGGUGGGGUGGUGGUGCGGGAAGCAGCGGGCUGAGGGAAAACAGUGGUUCCGUGGCAGGUUCGGCAGACGACAGAGGCAAGGAUUUGCUUGGGCGAGGUGAGGGAGCUGGAAUGGCGAGGCGCUUCGCUAAGAGCAGCCCCUUCAAGAGGAGAAGGCUGCAGGGUAAGGAGAAUGUCCCAGAGGGGUGUGCAGAGGGGUAUGGAGUGAGCAAGGGUGGUGUGGUGACAUGGGUUGAAGUAGCAGCUUUAGCCGAUGGGGUCAGAGGGCAUGGCGUUGCUACUGCAACAGCAACGACAAGACAGGGCGCAGCACAGGUUAGAGCACCAGUGGUGCUGGCUGCCCCAUCCCCACCCCCGCCCUCCCCCAAGGCCUCCCCGUCGCCCUCUCAAACCUCCUCCCCGUCUAAAUGCCUGUAUGAAGGGGUGGGGGAGGACGGCAUGUGGCCGUCGAUUCAUCUAGGGUCUCCUGUUCCCCUCUCACUGCUGCCAUCACAGCCUGCUCCUGAUGUCUUUCAUGUUGUUCCUGAUUAUUCUCAGGUUGCUCCUGUUUGCUCUCAGGUUGCUCCUGAUAGUGCUCAGGUGAAAACAGCAGAGGAGAGAAUAGGGGGCGAGGAGGAGAUGAGAGAAGGGAUGGACGCGCAAGGGAGGGGUCUGGAGGGGGAGGAGACGAAAGAAACGGAUUCUGGAGGGAGGGAACCACAGGUGGGGGAGAGGAAAGAAACGGAUGCUAGACGUAUGGAGGAGGAAGAAGAGGAGGAGUUCAAUUAUAGCAUCUUGCUGUCUCCUGACAUUGGGGGGAGUUCCCACUACAGGCCACCACUUGACUGCACACACCGCCAGCUGGCAUCUGAGGAUGCAGGAGGAAACCCAAGGGCCCUGCCAUCGGUUGCUGCUGCUGCUGAGAAUCUUGAAGAGGAAGCUUGUAACGAGGAUGAGGGGCCUGACAGCUCGUUUGAGCAAGCGCGCAGGCUGCUGGCGACUCUUUGGAGUCCGAGAGAAGAGGGGGGAGAUGGGGGGAUGCUGGUGGAUAGGCAGAGAGAGCAGCAGGAGGUGACUUUUGAGUCGUCUGAAAAGGCAUGGAGAAGGGAGGGAGCGAAUGGAGAGCUGCUGGUGGGUAGGCAGAGAGAAUACAUGAGGCAACGGGAUGCGAGACAGGAAGAAGAGGAAGUGGUGCAAGAGGGUGUGAGAGAAACUGGUGCGGUUGAAGAGGGUGCGAUGGAAACUGGUGCGGUUGAAGAGGGUAUCAGAGAAACUGGUGCGUGUGAAGAGGGCGUGAGGGAAAAGGGUGUGCGGCAAGAGGGUGAAGGUGUGACACAAAGUGACAUACGACAACGGCAUAUGAGGCAGGAGGAGGUGGCACAGGAGGGCGUAAGGGAAGGGGCAGGAAGGAAAGGCUUUGUUGAUGGGUUGAGGCAAGAGCGAUCAGGCAGUGGUGAUGUGAUUGUGCUUUCAGACAGUGACAGUGAGAGGGAGAGUGACAGGGGUAGUGGUGGCUGGCGGGUGGGGAAGAGAAGGAAGAGGGGAGGUGAGGGGAGUCGUGGGGGGGGCUUGAGAAGGGGCGGGGCGAGGGAGGGUGAAGAAGAAUGUGAGGAGGUUGUGGCAGAGGAAAGAAAGGAAGAGGAGAAGGAGGAGAAGAAGGAGGAGGAGGAGGAGGAGGAGGAGGAAGGGGAGGAAGAGGAGGAAGAAGAAGAGGAAGAGGAGGAGGAGGAUGAGAUUGAGUUCACACAGCGUGUGCCUGAGAACCCCGUAAGGAGGGAUGGCAUGACAGCUAGCGAGCCAGGGAGAGGUUUCACCCGAGGAGCUGGUGGGGUGAGAGACAGUCACAUGUGUGGAAGCCAGAGGGGACUCGUGAGAGUGAGUGAGGGAAGUGUGGGGCGAAGCACAUGGCAUGCUCGGCCGAGCGUUGAGCAAGCGGAUAAUGGAGGACGAGAUUGGGUAAGGGAGUGUGAGGGGCGGAUGGGGCAGGAGGGAGAGGGUGAGGGGGUAGGGGAGCAGAGAUUGAAGAGGCUGCGCAAGGCAACGUGGAGGAGGGAUCUGUUGCAGAGCAGAGCAGCUGCUGCUGCUUCUGAUGGUGGUGGGGAUGGUGGUAUUGGCAGAAAAUCUGGUAGAGAAUGUGAUAGUGGUCAUGGUAGAUGGAAUGCGGUUGGUGGCGGUGCUGAAUCAGAGGAUGAGGAAGGGGAUGCAGAAAGCUGUGGUGUAGGAGGGGCUCAUUUACGUGACUUGCCUCAAGAGCCCAGCUCGCAUUGUCAUGCAGCGGCUGGCAUGUUGGCCGAUGACGUGGCGCCACCUGGCAGUCCGACACGCGGCGAAGGGACCACUGGCAGGCUGACACGUGGCAAGUCCGUUUGGACGCUGGAGGCGUUUCUGGGAAGGAAGGUGGAGCCUAGGAGACCGUUGAGAACAGCAGAGGUGGGAGUGGAAGAGGUGAGAGAAGCAGAGGGUAGGAUACCGGAGCUGCCUCUCUUGCGGGAGGGGACUAUAACGGGUGCAAUAGAUGGUGGGAGCCAACAGCAGCACCAACAGCAGCAGGAGCACUGUAAGCAGCAGCAGAUGCAGAUGAGGGAGGUGCCAUUGUGGUCAUCAGCACAAGCAGAUGCAGUCGCAGGGGGAGCAGGGGUAGCAGGGGUAGGUGCAGCUGGGGGGGGAGCAGCAGCAUCUGGAAGCAGGGCCACCAUCCACAGAUAUUUUCCUCCCUCAUCUACCCGUCCCUCCGUGCCGGCAGCCAGUUCGAGGCAAGCCAGCCGGCUCUCCCCCGUGAGGGGGCAGCAACGGAGCAGCCGCUCUCCUAAAGCCGCUCCUCAAGGCAAGCAGAACCAGCAGCAGCUACUUCGACCCACCCAACAGAGCAAUUGCCCUCGCAGCCACCAGGCCAGUCAACCAGGAAUCCACGUUUUCCCUGGGAGAGCACCUGGCGGUGCCUCCUGCUCUGCCGAUCCCUUUCGGCUUGCCACCGCAUCACAUCCCAUCCCACCGUCUGCUCGUCCUUCUGCUGAUCCGCCUGCUUCUCUCUCUGCGCAUCCUCCUGCCACCAUACCUGCUGCUCCUUCCUCUGUCCCCGCUGCUACAGCCACUGCUGCCGCCCCUGUCCCCACCCAUACCACCCACGCCCCUGCUCCCUUCCACCCGCUCUCUCCCCACCACCACACUCCCCCCCGCAUGCCUGCUGCCCACACACCCCCAAACGCAAGCUGUCCACCCAGGGGUACUUGCCUGCCAGGUGCAGCUCACACACCCCCUAGGGCAGCACCUAAUGCGAACCACAAAGCACCUGCACGCACACCCCCCAGAGAAUACUUAGACGGGAACCCAAAAGCAGCAUUUCGCACCCCCACCAAGGCGGUGUUUGAUGUGAAUCAGAAGGCAGUGUUGGUUGCCCGCACGCCGCCCAGGGCAGCGUUUGCGAGUCCCAGUGGAGGGUGUGCGUGCGCUAUCUGCCAGGAGGACACUCCUGCCUCGAGGAUCGGUGUGCUGCCCUGCAUGCACGCCUUCUGCUACAAAUGCAUUCACAAGUGGGCUGAGAGUGCGGCCACAGCCAUUCCGUGCUGUCCCCUUUGUAAGGAGCCCUUUGAGUUCAUUACAGUGCGCAACAAGAGGGCCAGCAGGGAAGCAGCUGCAGCUGCCAAGCGCACCAGUCUCCCUACUGCCCCUUCCGCUGAUGCUGCUGCUGCUGCUGCUGCUGGUUGUCCUGUGGGUGAAGAUGGUGAUAAUGAGGGGGGUGGGGAGGACGAGCGCAUUGUGAUGGUGCCAACCCGCAAGAGAAGGGCCCCCACUGAUGAGUCGCCACUCGAUACGAUGGUGUGCUGUGUGUGCCAGUCAGGCGCCAUGGAGGAUCUGCUACUUCUGUGUGAUGGAUGCAACCACCUAGGGGCGCACCACACCUUCUGCCUCGAACCACCGCUCCCUGCCGUGCCCUCGAGCCAGGAGCCCUGGUUCUGCCCCGCUUGCACUGAGAGGAGGUAA